GUCAACAAGGACCUCACCGAGAAGCUUGAGGCCCUGGAAUCCCUGCGGCUACAGGAGCAGGCGGCCCUGGAGACAGAGGACGGAGAGGGGCUACAGCAGACCCUAAGGGACCUGGCACAGGCCGUCCUGUCGGACUCUGAGAGCGGUGUCCAGCUGAGCGGCUCCGAGCGCACCGCGGAUGCGUCCGAUGGCAGCCUACGGGGGCUCUCAGGCCAGCGGACCCCGUCCCCACCGCGGCGCUCCUCACCGGGCCGAGGCCGUUCGCCCCGCCGAGGCCCCUCCCCGGCCUGCUCAGACUCCUCCACGCUCGCCCUGAUCCACUCCGCCCUGCACAAGCGCCAGCUGCAGGUCCAGGACAUGCGUGGGCGCUAUGAGGCAAGCCAGGACCUUCUGGGCACCCUGCGGAAGCAGCUUAGCGACAGCGAGAGUGAGCGGCGGACCCUAGAGGAACAGCUGCAGCGCCUGCGGGACAAGACCGACAGCGCCAUGCAGGCCCACGAGGACGCCCAGCGCGAGGUGCAGCGGCUGCGGAGCGCCAACGAGCUCCUGAGCAGGGAGAAGAGCAACCUGGCCCACAGCCUGCAGGUGGCCCAGCAGCAGGCUGAGGACCUGCGGCAGGAGCGGGUGAAGCUGCAGACUGCCCAGGAGGAGCUGCGGCGCCAGCGGGACCGGCUGGAGGAAGAGCAGGAGGACGCGGUGCAGGAUGGCGAGAGGGUGCGCCGGGAGCUUGAGCGCAGCCAUAGACAACUAGAGCAGCUGGAAGGGAAGCGCUCAGUCCUGGCCAAGGAGCUGGUGGAGGUGAGGGAGGCGCUGAGCUGCGCCACGCUGCAGCGGGACAUGCUGCAGGCCGAGAAGGCCGAGGUGGCCGAGGCGCUGACCAAGGCUGAGGCUGGCCGCGUGGAGCUCGAGCUCUCCAUGACCAAGCUGAGGGCAGAGGAGGCCUCCCUGCAGGACUCCCUGUCCAAGCUGAGCGCCCUCAACGAGAGCCUUGCUCAGGACAAGCUGGAUCUGAACCGCCUUGUCGCCCAGCUGGAGGAAGAAAAGGCCGCCCUGCAGGGCCGGCAGCGGCAGGCAGAGCAGGAGGCCACAGUGGCGCGGGAAGAGCAGGAGCGGCUGGAGGAGCUGCGGCUGGAGCAGGAGGUGGCGCGGCAGGGCCUGGAGGGCUCCCUGCGAGUGGCGGAGCAGGCCCAGGAGGCGCUGGAGCAGCAACUCCCCACGCUGCGCCAUGAGCGCAGCCGGCUGCAGGAGCAGCUAGGGCAGCUCUCCCGGCAGCUGAGCGGGCGGGAGCAGGAGCUGGAGCAGGCCCGGCAGGAGGCCCAGCGGCAGGUGGAGGUGCUGGAGCGAGCGGCCCGGGAGAAGGAGGCGCUAGCCAAGGAGCGCGCUGGCCUGGCUGUGCAGCUGGCGGCUGCAGAGCGUGAAGGCAGGACCCUGUCAGAGGAGGCCACGCGCCUGCGCUUGGAGAAGGAAGCCCUGGAGGGCAGCCUGUUUGAGGUGCAGCGGCAGCUGGCCCAGCUUGAGGCCCGCCGGGAGCAGCUGGAAGCCGAGAGGCAGGCCCUGCUGCUGGCCAAGGAGACCCUUACUGGGGAGUUGGCGGGCCUGCGGCAGCAAAUAAUAGCUACACAGGAGAAAGCCAGUCUAGACAAGGAGCUGAUGGCCCAGAAGCUGGUGCAGGCUGAGCGGGAGGCCCAGGCCUCUCUGCGGGAGCAGCGGGCAGCCCACGAGGAGGACUUGCAGCGACUCCAGCGUGAAAAGGUUCAGGCAGCUGGGGAGGGGUGGGCAGGACUCUGAGCCAGUGUCUCAUCAUCGUUCUUCCUCUGCCUUGGUCUCUACAUCUGUGAAAUGGGACUUCCUCUCUGUUGUGGAGGCCCUGGGGACAGCUGGGAGGACUUGGGGGGGCAGGCAGCGGGGGGGAGGUUGUGGUCCUUAUUAGACAUGCAGAUUCCCAGGUCCCAAAUCUGGUCCAGCCCUGGUAAUCCUGAUGCAGAGGGUCCACAACCACAUUUGGGAAAUGCUGACCUAACGUACAGCAGGAAAGCACUUUCAUUUGCUAAGUACUGUUUGCAUAUGAAGGGCCACUGAGACCUGAGUAUAUAGAAAGGCAAGGGGCCAGGGAAGUUACUAGAAUACUGACUCUGGGGUUACAUUGCGUGGGUUUGAAUGUAAUCUUGGUUACUUACUGGUGGUGCUACCCAAGGUGUCUAUGCCUUCAUUUCUCCACCUGUAGAAAUAGGGAUAGGAUAGUGGAAGGUAUUGAGGAUGAACUGAGACCAUCCACAUAGAGGGCUUAGCAUAGUGACUGGUACUUAGCAAAUGCUCCAUAAGUUAUUAUUGCUGGCACUGGCAUGCUCUCCAGAGUGGCCCUCGGGACAGGAGCCCUGGGCCACCAAAUCCUAGACAGGGCUACCUCCAACAGAGGUGCAGGUUAUGACUGCAUGGCUCCAGGGGAUGCCAUGCAUCCUGCAGUCCCCAUGGCCUUGGGUGGUUGUUAUCAUGCUUCUCCAGCAGGUGGCGGUAAAAC